GGCGUGUGCAGUUGCUGCAACAACUGGUUGGAUGGGUUUUUGGGUCCUGAAUGUACUCGCUGCGGCAGACACACACAAAGGUAAAGCUGUCCCGUCCGCACCUGUCCAGCAGAUCAUGACGUCAGCCGAGCCCGGCCCUCUGACCACUCACGUGCUGAACACCGGAGACGGCGUCCCGGCCGCCAAGAUGGCCGUCAGCCUGCACCGGCUCGACUCCACGCUGAUGAUCUGGAACAUGCUGAGUAUCGGGACUACAAAUGAAGAUGGCCGCUGCUCAGGACUCGUCAGCAGAGAAGCGUUCAGCGCCGGCAUGUACAAGCUGCGCUUUGAGACGGGUUCCUACUGGGAGAAGAUGGGUCAGAACUCCUUCUACCCGUAUGUGGAGGUUGUGUUCACCAUCACUGAGACGGAGCAGAGGUUCCACCUCCCUCUGCUGAUGAGUCGUUUCUCCUACACCACCUACAGAGGAAGCUGAGAGCAGCUCAUGUAAUAUAUAUCUAUAAAACAAUAAUAAAACAUGAAUAGAAAUAAGAGCAAUAAACACAGCAGGAAAGUCUAGGAGAAGACACACACACAUAUACACACACACACACACAUAUAUACACACACACAC